GCAGAGCGCAGGAUGCAGUGCUUCGGAGCAGAGUACCUGGUUUCUGCAGAAAGGCGCCCCAGGCUAAGAGAGUGGCGACCUCAGAUAUAUAGGAAGUGCACAGAUAAGACAUGGCUAAUCCUAUUCUUUCUCGUUUGGACUGGUCUGAUGUUCAUCAUUGGCUACUCGGUAGUAGCUGGAGCUGCGGGAAGACUCCUCUUUGGCUAUGACAGCUUUGGCAAUGUGUGUGGCAAGAAGAACUUCCCGGUGAAAGGGGCUCCGCUUUCAGGGCAGGACAUGACCCUAAAAAAAUAUGUGUUCUUUAUGAAUUCCUGCAACCUAGAAAUGAAAGAUGUUAGGCUUCAUUCCAUUGCCCUCUGUGUAUCCAGCUGUCCAGAAGAACAACUUAACACCCUGGAAGAGGUCCGGCUCUUUGCCAUCAACAACGGGUCCUUCCUUUGUGUUUACAACUUGAAUUCCUUCAAUUCCACUCAGAAUCCAAAUGUCUACGCACUGUGCCCCAAGCUACCAGUUCCUCCAAGCAAGUCUUUGUCCUUGUUUAACCGAUGCAUCCCUCAAACGCCUGAAUGCUAUUCCCUGUUUGCAUCUGUUUGGAUAAAUGAUGUUGACCCCCUGCACCGAAUUCUAAGGGGAAUAAUGUCAGGAAGAGACAUGCUCCUUGGCUUAUGUGUCCUUGCACUAGCCUUGUCCUUGGCCAUGAUGUUUACCUUCCGAUUCAUCUCCACCCUUCUGGUUCGCAUUUUAAUUUCACUGGUUACUUUGGGAUUGCUCUUUGUCUGUGGUGUUUUAUGGUGGCUGUACUACGACUACAACAAUGACCUCAGUAUAGAACUGGACACAGAAAGGGAGAAUAUGAAGUGUCUGCUGGCAUUUGCUAUUAUAGCUACAGUUAUCACGGUCAUUCUGCUUAUCCAGAUUGCUGUCUUCAGAGGGAGAAUAAAAUUGACAGUUGGCGUUUUCCAGGCCAUAAAUAAAGCCAUCAAUAGCUCCCCUUUCCUGCUGCUCCAACCACUGUGGACAGUUGCCAUCCUCCUUUUCUUCUGGGUGCUCUGGAUAGCUGUGUUGCUGAGCCUGGGCACUGCAGGAGCUGCCCAGGUUACCGUAGGCGGCCAAGUGGAAUAUAAGCCUUUUUCGGGCAUUCGAUAUAUGUGGUGGUACCAUUUAAUUGGCCUCAUCUGGACCAGUGAAUUCAUCCUGGCAUGCCAGCAAAUGACUGUCGCUGGGGCAGUGAUUACUUGUUAUUUCAACAGAAAUAAAAAUGCCCCACCUGAAUACCCAGUGCUGUCAUCUUUCUCCAUCCUUUGUUAUUUCCAUCUUGGAACAGUCGUCAAAGGAUCAUUUUUAAUCACUCUGGUGAGGAUUCCAAGAACCAUUCUCCUGUACCUUUACAACAUCCUGAAAGAGGAGCGUAAUGUAUUGUCAAGGUGCCUGUUCAGAUGCUGCUUCUGCUGUUUUUGGUGUCUUACCAAAUGCCUUUACCAUCUCAACCAGAAUGUAUACACUGCAACUGCCAUUAAUGGGACGGAUUUUUGCACAUCAGCAAAAGAUGCAGUCAAAAUCCUCUCCAAGAAUUCACAGCAUUUUGCAUCCAUUAACUACUUUGGAGACUUCAUAAUUUUUCUAGGAAAGGUGCUGGUGGUAUGUUUCACUGUUUUUGGUGGAUUGAUGGCAUUUAACUACAACCGUGUACUGCAGGUGUGGACCAUCCCUCUAUUGCUGGUGGCUUUUUUUGCCUACCUAGUAGCCCAUAGUUUUCUAUCUGUGUUUGAAACUGUGCUGGAUGCACUUUUUCUGUGUUUUGCUGUUGAUCUGGAAACAAAUGAUGGAUCAUCCGAAAAGCCCUACUUUAUGGACCAAGAGUUUUUGAGUUUUGUAAAAAGGAGCAACACAUUAAGUGGUACAAGGGCACAGAGAGAUGGGACGACAUUAAGGAAUGAAGAAGGAACAGAGCUCCAACCCAUUGUGAUAGCCACCCAUUAG